ACUGUACCUGGAAUAAAGAGAAAGAAAGAAAUUUAUGUAGACUUUGUUUGAACUAAAAAAAUGAUAAAAGUUAUGUACAUCGACGUCAUAUGUUUUUGUCCCUUCAAAAUUGCAAUAGCGGGAAAUCUUUCUUGUUGAGUCAGUGAAUUACCAUUUUUCUCCAACAAUUUCAGCCACUACAUCCUUACUUAAACGUAAAUCAUGAGCAAUUAUUCCAACGAUGACGAUUUCGUCAACCCUCCCUCUUUUCCAAAUACUCAAAAACCAGCACCGUCAUCAUCGUCUUCUAAACGGAAAGCAGCCACUCCCACCAGCAGCAAAGCUGAAACGUCCACGAAGAGGAAGAAAGGGGACGACAAUGACACUGAGGAGGAAGAAUUGCCAAGUUUCAAAUUUCUAACGUUGGACUCGGAUGAUGAUGAUGAUGAGGAAUUGUUGUCGAAACAAGAGUGGAGAAUGGUGGAAGGGAGAACGAGAUACAUGAGAGAUCCACCCACCAGCCCCCCCGAACGAGGUUAUGCAAAUAGAAAAAUUGAUCCGCGAGAGGACAAACGUGACAUUGUUUGGUGGCAAAUCACCAAAGCCCUGAAUACGAAUAAGAAGAUGUCGGAUAAGUCUGAUGAUGAAGGGGAUAAUAAACUGCGAGAGUUUUUCUGCAAGUUGGCUCGAGAGGUCGAUGAAAUGGGAUCACAAACUUCGACCACUUCUGAUCUCACCCCUAAUACUCCCCCAAUAAUUACGGGAAAAUAUCCCCCUCUUACUGCUGCAGAGAGAUUCAUUGCAGAGACGAAGAUUAGGCAAGCGGGAGAAAAAGGAUUGGAGGUUCCGGGGACAAUGUCGAGAGUGGCGUUCUCACCACCAAAUAAUAACCGGGAGUAUGAAUUGGUAGUUAUUGUAGCCCCAAAUACGAAAUACACUUAUAUUUGUUCCGUGAUCCCUAAUUGUGUGAAAACAAGGUCAACAACUGUGGAACCGAUCCCAAAAUGUUACCUGCACAAAGGAGAACAAAUUGGUUUCGUGUUGGCUCAGUUUACAGAUGGGGCCAAUAAGAAGAACGACGUCGUCCUCCAUGUCAUUGCAUCUUUCACAUAUAUUUAUGGGGAUGAUGAGGGGAAAUCUCAUAACGCAACACGGGCCAUCAUGCUUCAGCAUAUAAAUAAGCCCACUCUGGCUUUUAAGUUAUACUCCAAAGAACGUGAGGCUGCCAAAGCACCAGCCGCUCAAGCAGUUGAACUCGAGGAGCGUCGCCUAUACUUUGAUGACGAAGAUGAACUCAUGAAAGUUUAUGCAGCACGCCAGACUACGACACUCUUUCAACUGCUCUUAUGGCCCGAUACUACAAUCAAAAUUAUCUCCCUGAAUUCACAUAUUAACCUUCCAAAUGGUGCUUAUAAGGAGUUGUUGGAGGAAAUGGAUCUGUAUGGUGUGGAAUUGAAGAUUCACGAUAAGCUAUCAUUAGCAGCAGCAACAGCAAUUAAUUUGGAGGAGGAUGCGAAGAUUCCAUUUCUUCUACAUGCAGAGGAGGGUGAAAAUAUUGGGGCAUUUUUAACAAGAGGAAGAAAGGAGAGAAAAGAGAAGGUUGCUGCACUAUACUUUGCAUCAAAUCCCUACAUUAUUUAUGCUGGACAAGCACUGAGUAGGAGCGUGCAUAGACAGGGAGGUACUGCAGACCCUAUAGUCGUCUACAAAAACAAAAAGCCCUCCACCCACCCUGAUCACAAGUUGGUCCCAGUCGGACUUGUGCUUGAAGAGGAGCGGUACAAGUGGGAAUGUCACCUCCAAAUUUCUGCCCUAAUAGCAUCUCUGUUGCGAUUAAAAAAUUGUAUCAACCCAGGCGAUUUCUCAUCUGACAAUAGUCAUCCUCUUUGUAUCAAUAGGCAGAUCAAUGCAAGUUUUGUAGAUAAAAAGUCGUGGAAAAUUGUUCAUGGAAUUUUAAUUAAAAAGUUUUUAGUCGAUGUUUAUCUAGGACCCAAGGCGUCCGAUGAGUAGUGCUGCUUAUGUUAAUGACAAUUUUUAUAGGAGUAUUAGUUUUACUGUUUUUAUAGUCUUUCCUAAUGAGAUGUUGAAGUGCGAAUAAAUGAAUUAAAUUGUUUUUGUCCUAAGAUA